AUGAUGUGGGGAGGUUUCAGAAGAAGGUUUACUAAAACCAUUUUAUCUGUUAAGCUUAGGGCCGCGGAUGUCAAUCCAAAAUCUGUCAAUCCAAUCCAGUUUCAGUUCCAAUGUGCUAACUCUAUUGCUGCCUUGAACUUGACCCCUUGUAGUGCUACUGGGAUUGUUACAAGCCCUUUGAGAUCUCCUCUCUUUGCAAUCUCUCUCUCAUCUUUUAGCUCCUUGAUAAAUGAAAAUCAAAUUGCUGCAUCAUUUAAAUCAUAUGACCAGAGUGAGGUUGAUGACAAUACCGAAGCUAGUGAAGAUGAUUGUAGUGAUGACGGCCUGGAUGUGAAAUUUGGCCAGGAUAUAGCAAUAGUUUUGAAGAUCUUACAGGAACCAGGAAGAAGGAUUUUUAAAGUGAGAAACAGGCUAGAGCAGUGUAGUAUCACUGCCUCCUAUGAGUUGGUUGUGGAGGUUCUCUCUCGGGUGCGCAAUGAUUGGGAAGCAGCAUUCACCUUCUUUUUGUGGGCUGCAAAGCAGCCCGAUUAUGCACAUUCCUUGCGAGCAUACCACUCAAUGAUCUCUAUUCUUGCAAAAAUGAGAAAGUUUGACACUGCCUGGUCUUUGAUCAAUGAAAUGAGGCGCACAAGGAGUGGUGAAUCUCUAGUGACCCCUCAGACUUUAUUGAUCAUGAUCCGACGAUAUUGUGCCGCACAUGAGAUUGGGAAGGCUAUUAGCACUUUUUAUGCUCAUAAGCUAUUCAAAUUUGAUAUGGGGAUGGAAGAAUUCCAUAGCCUUCUCUCUGCUCUUUGUCGGUACAAAAAUGUUAAAGAUGCUGAGCAUAUGCUUUUCUGCAACGAAAACAGUUUCCCAUUUAAUACUAAGAGCUUUAACAUUAUUCUCAACGGCUGGUGUAAUAUUCUUGGCAACCCACGCGAGGCAAAGAGAAUCUGGAGGGAGAUGGAUGAAAGAGGAAUUGUGCGUGAUGCUAUAUCAUACUCAAGUAUCCUUUCUUGCUUUUCAAAAGCCAAUAAGCUCAAUGAGGUGCUUAAGCUUUUCAAUCAGAUGAAGGCACUUGAUAUUGCUCCAGAUAGGAAAGUUUACAAUGCAGUCAUCCAUGCUCUUGCUAAAGGCAGGCUUGUGAAGGAUGCUCACAAUCUCUUGAUAACAAUGGAAGAAAAUGGCAUUGCUCCAAAUGCUGUUACUUAUAACUCGUUGAUCAAGCCUAUCUGUAGGGCUCACCAAUUAGACGAAGCCCGAGAGGUGUUCAGUGAAAUGUUGCAGCGUGGCCUGUCCCCAACUGUUCGGACAUACCAUGCCUUCUUUCGUAUUUUAAGGUCAGCGCAGGAAGUCUUUGCACUCUUACAGAACAUGAAAAAGAUGGGCUGCUGUCCAAACAAUGAUACUUACAUAAUGUUGAUUAGAAAGUUCUGUCGAUGGCGCCAGCUUGACAAUGUCCACAGGCUGUGGGGUGAGAUGAGCCAGAUGAGCCAAAAUGGUGGCCCUGACCGGAGCUCAUACAUUGCAUUGAUAUAUGGGUUAUUUUUGAAUGGAGAGUUGGAGGAAGCACACAAAUAUUACAAAGAGAUGAAAGCGAAACAAUAUUUGCCAGAACCAAAGUUAGAUGAGAUGCUUCAGUCUUGGGCUUUGGGCAAACAAAUUACAAACCGCCAGAUGAUAGAUUCAAGAGACAAUCAGUUGGAGCUUAGUCAUCUAGACAACAAAAGCAGGGUUACUUCUACAAAAUUUGAUAAGCAAAGUGUGUCUUACUAACAGCCUGAAACUUGAAGAGUUGUUAGAGAGGAUGGCUUUUCUCUGUGGGAUCACUAGCUUUGCAAGAUUGAUGAUAAAUUUUGCUGUUUAUAUAAGCAUGAUUUACUACUCAGCUAAUCCCAGGUGUGUUCAUGGCUCCUUACAGGUGCACAAAGCCUUGUUUUCUCAUUUGCAAGUAUCUCCUUAUGUUUUUCACCCUUCAUUUUUGUCAAUAACUUGUGUUCCUAUCCAUAAAGAAUCAACAAAUGUUCCAUUAAUUUGAAAAUGGAUCCUAACCUGUUGGCCAUACACUGUUUAACUGAAAUUCUGUU